UUUUUUGUUUUUAUUACUAUCUGUCAUCAUCCUGAGCAUCUUUUACCUUUAACGCACGGAAACGCUGAGUAAUUGAUUACGUGGCGUAAAAAAAUAAAGGGAAUUACUAACUGGGUUUUCCCGAAAAGUAGGGAUAAUAAAUAGUGAAGAAAAGGGCUGGAGACAGUUAUAAAUUUCAGAGCCUUUGCAAACUCCGGGAAGAGCAAUUCGACAUGAAAGCUGUGCAAUAUUUCUGCCAAGCUGUCUUGGUGCUGUUUGCAAGAGCCGCUGCUUUCCCAUUGGCGGAUCUGACCGGAAGAGCGGAGCGUUUGCCUGCCGCAGCUCAGUCCUGUGCAGCCUGCGCCUUUCUGGCCCUGGAGAUCCAGAACACAGCGGCUGGUCUGCGGAACACACAGCUGUGUGAGUAUUUCUCGUUCUGUGCCGGAGACUGGAGCUCGCUGCUCAGUUACAAUUUCGACCUGCCACAAAUCCGAGCUCAGGACAGAUGCUUAAAGAUGGAUUUUCACAGGGAAACCUGCCUCAAAGCGAUUGGCUCUGGCCUUCAGAAGUACCAGCCCUUUUUGCUAUUGGUGGAAACGUCCAUCGCGAGUUCAAAUAACCAAGUGACAUGGAUGCGGUCCAGCACCCAGCGCCUGGCUGAAUUGGUCAUGAACCAGAUAAAUGCUGAGUUUGGUAGCACUGAUCUUGAUGAGAGCGAGUUGGAGGCUUCUGCCUCAGACCUGGAGUCAAGUACAGAUUGGAACCGACAGGUGAAAGUGCAUGUCAUUCUUCGGGACUUCACUAGAUUCAUCGAGAAAACAGCUCGAGCCAUUCGUUUCAUGACAGCGGUAUCGAGUCCCUGAACUGAAACAAUGGGCUAACCCCGAUAUUUGGUAGAACAGGAGCCUAGUUUUUCAAGGCACUGAUGUUAUUUAUUUAUUUGCUUAUUUAUUUAUUUAACUAACGACCAAAAGGGCUCACAAGUGGGUGUAGUGCAGGGAAAGAAUAAUGACAACACUGCAGGAUUGGUUGGGUUCUAACCAAACCGGAUGGAAAACCCACCGACAGUUCUUCCUCUCCAUUACACCCCGAAGUCGUUCAAUCUCUUGUUUACGUUAGAAGUUGAUGAUUAAAUUGUGCUGGGUUCCAUUAGCCUGCACUGGCCAUGAAUCCGGUUCCAGGGAUGGCUCACUUGCUUUGGAAUCUACCCGGAACACAGAACGGAGCACAGGGAGUUCUGGCAGCUCAGCUUCCUGCCAAUCCCACCAUCAUUGAAACCUCGUAAAAAUGUGGUAAAGCGCACAGCAGCAACUGCUUCAGUGUAUGAACGUUGUAGUUCAGCAUUUGGUCAAACAAUCUUUCAUCAGGAAGUAUGAAGGUUAUUCUACAAAAAAAGGGAUGUUGUAUUAGUGCACUGCACUAAAUAACAUUAUAAACUGAAGUUGUUACAGCAACAUUAGCAGUUGCUUGGAGAAUAUGGCUUACACUGUUCAAUGCUAUUUAUACUCAUUUUUCAUUUUAUUUGCUCCAUUCUUUAUAAUAUUUAAAAACUGGGAUGUAUUUAUUUUUGUUUUAUAUUGGGU